AAUAUGAGAAUGAAUAAUAGUCAUUAGAUUAAAAUGAAUGGUUGAGAUUAAAACACUUUUUAAUGUGUCUAUUACACUCAAUCACAAACCGUUAAACUUCUCUCUUCCUUCCUUCGAAGAAUCUUUCUCUUCCCUGCGGCCGUCUCUCUCUUCCGGCGACCAUCUCUCCCUCGGCGAACAACUCUCUCUCCUCUCUCGCGGUGACCUUGCAUAUCUUUCUAUCUCCCGGAAAACACGUUGAUGAUUGUGAGGUUGAAGCAAAGUGAAAAGUUACCAAACCUCCACCAUGGCAGAUCUUAAAGAGCGACUGCUCCCGCUGAAACCUGCAUCAGCUAUUAACUUAAGAGAGUCCGUCGUCAACCGACCAACUGCCUCUGGAAGGCAUGCUUUUCAAGGAGUCGAUGUUGUCGAGGUCAAGAAGCGUGGCCAAGGUCUUAAAUCCUGGAUUCGUGUUGACACAUCUGGAAAUUCUCAGGUCAUUGAGGUAGACAAGUUUACUAUGAUGCGUCGUUGUGAUCUUCCUGCCCGUGAUCUUCGCCUACUUGAUCCUGUCUUUGUCUAUCCAUCAACAAUCCUUGGUAGGGAGAAGGCUAUUGUUGUAAAUCUGGAGCAGAUACGCUGCAUUAUUACAGCAGAUGAGGUCCUUCUGUUGAAUUCCCUUGAUAAAUAUGUAUUGCAAUAUGUGAUUGAUCUUCAACGAAGGUUGACAACAACUGGGGGAGGCGAGGUGGGUGAUGUAGGCGAGGUCUGGCAAUCAGACCAUUCUGAAAUGAACCAAAGGAGAGGCAGUAGGAAUUUUGAAAAUUUAUACAGCAACACUUCCCCUGAUUACUUACCUUUUGAAUUCAGGGCUCUUGAAGUUGCCCUCGAGGCGGCGUGCACAUUUCUUGACACCCAGGCAGCAGAGUUAGAAAUUGAGGCUUAUCCGUUGCUGGAUGAACUGACAUCAAAGAUUAGUACUCUAAAUUUGGAACGCGUACGUCGGUUGAAAAGCAGACUUGUUGCCCUGACUAGGAGGGUUCAGAAGGUUAGAGACGAAAUAGAGCAGCUUAUGGAUGAUGACGGUGAUAUGGCUGAAAUGUACCUUACGGAGAAGAAAAGACGGAUGGAAUUAUCAUUUUAUGGAGAUCAGUCUAUGCUUGGAUAUAGAUCAGUUGACGGUGCAUCUAUCUCUGCUCCAGUCACUCCUGUUUCAUCACCACCUGAUUCUAGAAGGCUUGAGAAGAGCUUGAGCAUGGCUAGGAGUCGACAUGAGAGCAUGAGGAGUAGCGAAAGUAAUACAGAAAAUAUAGAAGAGCUUGAGAUGUUGUUAGAAGCAUACUUUGUUGUCAUUGACAGCACUCUAAACAAGUUGACAUCGUUAAAAGAAUACAUAGAUGACACGGAAGAUUUCAUCAACAUUCAACUGGAUAAUGUGCGGAAUCAGCUUAUCCAGUUUGAGCUUUUGCUCACAACUGCAACAUUUGUGGUUGCAAUAUUUGGAGUGGUGGCAGGAGUAUUUGGGAUGAACUUUGAAAUUCCAUUCUUUGAUGUCCCAUCUGCAUUCCAGUGGGUCCUUAUAAUAACAGGAGUUUGUGGAGUGUGUAUAUUUUCUGCAUUUGUAUGGUUCUUCAAGUACAGAAGACUCAUGCCCCUAUAAGAAUCUACACCAACAUGAACAUGAUUCAAACAAUUGCAAGAUGGCAUAUGAUGUUUUGGUCUUAAUCAUCCGGAUCUCAGGAAAAAAAGGACCUGGUAAUCCGGAAUAUGAUGUUUUGUGUUUGUUAUGCAAUCAUAAAAUUCAAAUGCAAAGCCCCGGCUGCAAUUUUCUAAAUUCAAUUUUGUAUCAAUUUUAGGCAAUUCCAAAUGGUAUUCUGAUACGUCAAUCAAUGUAUGUAUAGUUAGACUAAAUUAAUAAUUGAUGGACAAAUCAUCUUCUUAGUUCCGAUUUGUCUUUCUUUGUUUUCUAUAUAGACUCUCACUCUACAAAGUUUCUUUCAA